GUUGUUGUCUUCUUCCAGUGAGUCCAUCAGCGUCCCCAUGAUCCCUUUGGGCCUGAAGGAGACAAAGGAGCUGGAUUUGCUGGUACCACUGAAGGAUCUCAUCAGUGAACACUAUGGGGAGGAGGGCGUCUUGUUUGAAAAAGAAAUCAAGGAGUUCAUGGAGCUACGGCAGGCGAUGCGCACCCCGAGCCGCAACGAAGCCGGGCUCGAGCUCUUGAUGGAGUAUUACAACCAACUCUACUUCCUCGACAGCCGUUUCUUCCCUCCCACCAAAAGCCUGGGCGUCUUCUUCCACUGGUACGACUCCCUGACGGGGGUCCCAUCUCACCAACGGGCAUUGGCCUUCGAGAAGGGCAGCGUGCUCUUCAACAUCGGAGCCCUGCACACCCAGAUCGGAGCGCGGCAGGACCGCGCGUCCCUGCCAGGAGUCAACCAGGCCAUCGAUGCCUUCCAGAAGGCGGCCGGUGCCUUUAACUACUUGAAAGAAAACUUCUCCAAUGCUCCAAGCCUGGAUAUGAGCGCUGCCUCCCUGAACAUGCUGGUGCGGCUGAUGGUCGCCCAGGUCCAGGAAUGUGUCUUUGAGAAGAUGACCUUGAUGUGCGCCCAGCACGACUUCCUCGCCCGGCUGCAGCUCGCCCAGGAGGCGGCAAGGGUGGAAGACGUCUACUCGCUGGUGCACCAGACGAUGACCCAGGCGCACGUGAAGGAUUACGUUCCCUUCUCUUGGACCACCAUGGUCCACGUCAAGUCGGAGCAUUUCAAAGCCCUCUCCCACUACUUCGCUGCCAUUGCUCUCUGCGACUGCCCCGCAGCAACCGAUGCUGAACUGCCGGAGCACGAGAAGGCUUUUGUCCAGUUCCACGUCACCAUGCCAGAGGGACCGUCGCUCCGUGUCCUGCUGCAGGACCCCGAGGAGAGGAGGAAGCUGGGCAAAGCUCACCUGAAGAAAGCCAUCAUGAAGCACGAGGAAGCCAUGAGGAUUCACGGCUUGUGCAAGAUCCUGCGGAAGAUGGAUAUCCUCCAGGAGGUCCUCUCCUUCGCCCACAAACGCUCACUGAGCAAAUACUCGGAGAUCGACCACGAGGAGGACUUCUUCGAAACCGGAGACGCCCCAGACAUUCACCCCAAAACACACCAGAAACCGGAGAUAAAAUCCCCCAGCUUCUCCCAGGUGAAGGUGACCGACCUCUUCCACAGGCUGGGUCCCCUUUCCGUGUUCUCGGCCAAAAACAAGUGGUACCCAGUGCGGAGAGUCCACCUGAUGAGAGGAGAGAAUGGGUUUGGCUUCACGCUGCGAGGAGACUCCCCCGUCCUCAUUGCUGGUGUCAUCCCGGGGGGCUGCGCUGCCGCAGCCGGGCUGAAGGAGGGAGACUACAUCAUCUCGGUAAACGGCAAGGACUGCAAGUGGUCCAAGCACGCUGAGGUGGUGCAGCUGCUGAAGAGCACCGGGGAAGAGGGUGUGGAGAUCGGUGUGAUAACCCUACAGGGCUCGGAAGGACCGAAAGCC